AUGAAAAAUGAAUUUAUCCCAGCAGAUAUUGUAUUACUUUCAUCAAGUGAACCAGCUGGUGUAGCAUAUAUUGAAACAAGUAAUUUGGAUGGUGAAACAAAUCUGAAAAUUCGUCAAGCAUUACCACAAACUGCUCAAAUAAUUGAUGAUGAUGAUAGAAUUAUGGCAUUUUGUUCAUCGUUAUCGAAGAUAGAAUGUGAUCCGCCAAAUCCAGCACUAUAUGAAUUUCAUGGUGUUAUUAAAAUUAACAAUUCAUCUGAAGUAUUAAAAAAGGGAAAUGAUGAAAAUUCUAAAACGAAUUGUUCCCUCGGAACAAAUCAACUAUUGCCUCGUGGAUGCAAGCUACAAAAUACUGAUUGGGUCUGUGGUGUUACGGUAUAUACCGGUCGUUGCACAAAACUUGUACUGAAUACAAGCGGAAAUUUUCGUCGUUUACACAUCUUGCCAACACUUGUCGGUUUAAUAAUAUUUUAUUCUGGUUUAAUACCGAUCAGUUUGAAUAUUACACUUGAAAUGAUUCAAUUAUUCCAAGCUUAUUUUAUUCAACAAGAUUUAAAUCUUUAUGAUAAGAAUUCUGAUAUAAAAGCUGAAGUGCGAAGUUCAAAUUUAAAUUCACAACUUGGACAAGUACGUUAUAUUAUCAGUGAUAAGACAGGUACAUUAACACAAAAUAAGAUGCGCUUUAAAAUGUGUACCAUUGGUGGUAUUAAAUAUGGUUCAAUGAUGACAGAGAAAUUUACUGAUGAAGCAAUUCUUGAUGAUUUAAUCAAUAAUGCUGGUAAUGCUAAAUCUAUACGUGAUUUUUUAACGUUAUUAGCAAUUUGUCAUAUGGUUGUUCCGGAAAAAGUUAUAAAUUCGGAAUUAGAAAAAAUAAUUUAUCAUUCACCAUCACCGGAUGAAAAAGCAUUAGUUAAAGGUGCAAAAGAUCUCAAAUUUAUCUUUCAUACACGAACACCACAAUGUGUUUAUAUUGAAGCUAUGGGUAAGCAAGAGAAGUAUGAUAUAUUACAUAUAUUAGAAUUUACAAGUAAUCGAAAACGAAUGGGUGUUAUUGUACGAUGUCCAGAUAGGAAGUUAAAAUUAUACAUUAAAGGAGCUGAUAGCGUUAUUUUUCCACGAUUAGCGCUAAAUUCUGAUAAGUAUUCAGUUAACAAAACAGCAGAACAUUUGGUAUAUUUUGCUAAUCUUGGUUUACGUACGUUAUGCAUGGCAAUGUGUAUUCUUAGUGAGGAAGAAUAUGAGAAAUGGGAGCCUGGUUAUCAUCGCGCAAGUACUGCACUUGAAAAACGUGAAAUGCUGAUUGAAGAGGAAGCGGAAAAAAUUGAAAAAAAUCUUGAAUUACUUGGUGCAUCAGCUAUUGAAGAUAAGUUACAGAAGGAUGUCAAGAAAACAAUCGAACAUUUGAUUGAAGGUGGUAUUAUAGUUUGGGUUUUAACAGGUGAUAAAUUAGAAACAGCACAAAGUAUUGGCUAUUCAUGUGGUUUAAUUGAUCCAUUCACACCCAUUCUGGUACUUGGCGAAAGAAAUGCCGAAGAAACGGCUAACAAAAUUAACAUAUAUCUUGAGAAUUUUGCAAAUAAAAAAAUUAAAACUUCAUUAAUUGUUAGCGGCGAGAGUCUUAAUCAUGCUUUAAUGAAGCAGUAUAAAAUGCAAUUUUUACACCUGACUUCUUUAUCAUCAACGGUUAUUUGUUGUCGUUGUUCACCGGCGCAAAAGGCCUCUGUUGUAAAAGCAUUAAAAAAUUGGUCCGAUGGUACGGUACUAGCAAUUGGCGAUGGUGCUAAUGAUGUAGCAAUGAUACAGGAAGCUGAUAUUGGUGUUGGAAUAAGUGGUGAAGAAGGUUUGCAAGCAUCACUUGCAGCUGAUUACUCUAUUGCACAGUUUCGAUUUCUGGAACGUCUUAUAUUUGUUCAUGGAGCUAUUAAUUAUCAUCGUAUCACAAAAACUAUUUUAUACUUUUUUUACAAAAAUAUUGUUCAAACUCUAACAAUGUUCUUUUAUGAAUUUCAUACAUUAUUUGCUGAUUCGGCAAUAAUGGAUAGUUGGUCGCUGGUAAUGUUUAAUAUAUUUUUUACUAGUUGGCCACCAUUGGCAAUUGGUAUUUGGGAUCGAUUAUUCCCAUUUGAAGUGAUGAUCGAUUAUCCAGCACUUUAUCAUUUAUCACAGAGUAGUGAAGGAUUUUCGCUUAAAGCUUAUUUUAUCUGGGCAUUCACUGGCCUAGUGCAUGCUACAGUAAUUUCUUUGAUUGCAUAUCAAACAUUUAAAAAUGAUGUCAUAUGGUAUAAUGGUCGCGUGGCCAAUUAUUACGUCAUGGGAACCGUUAUUAACAUUGCUGUUGUACUGAUCGUCAAUUUAAAGGCUAUUAUUGAAACUGACUCUAUCACCAUUAUGUCAUGGAUAGCCCUAUUUGGUUCAAUCAUUAUGCUAUUCAUUUUCUUUUUUUCCUACAGUUUAACAUCACCUGCUAGUCCAAUUAUCAAAGUUCAACCAGCCAUGGCUGAUACUAUACUUCAUGUACUGACUUCACCUGUCACAUAUUCAUAUAUUAUAUUUGUCACAUCAGUAUCUCUAUCAUUCGAUCUAAUUGUUAAAUUAUUACAAAGAUCAUUGUAUCGAACAAUUAGAGACGAAGUCGUUUCACGAGAAUUUGAUGUGAAACAAUUCAAUGAUCUUUAUUAUCCACUUGUUAAAGUAAAACAAAUUGUUACUAAAGCGUCUGAAUCAGCUUUGAGCCUUGUUAAUAUACAAACAAAACAACGUGGCUAUUCAUUUGCUCAAGAAGAUGAACCAGCUAUAUCACAAAGUGAUGUUGUGCGAUUGUAUGAUUCUCGAAUGCCAAAGAUUUCUAAAAACCGAUAA